AUGUUUAUUCCAAUUAUCUUUUCGGAUGUUUAUGUGUACAAUGACUCAAAUAAAUUAAUCGAUGAUUAUGAUGAUCAAACUGCUAACUUUGGACCAGCAUUUCCAGCAAAAGGCUUAAAAGGUUAUGUCACAACAACACACCCAGAAAAUGGAUGUAAAAAGAUAUUACCACCACCAAAAAUUCCAAUAGGGAUCUAUCAUUGGAUUGCACUAAUUCCUCGAACACGAGGAAAUGGUUCAUGCGAAUUUGCUGUGAAAGUACAAAACGCUCAAAAUGCAAAUUUUAGUGCUGUUAUUAUAUAUAAUUAUGAUGAUACAAUAAUCACUAUGGGUUCAUCUAAAAAAAAUAUUCGUUUACCAUCAACAUUGAUAACUCUUUCAAGUGGCUUAACAUUGAUAUCGCAUUAUUUGUAUAAUAAAACAACAGUAAAUUCAACCCCUAUAUAUCAUGUGAAUAUUAUUCCAGAGCAAGCAUAUCCAAUGACUGGUUAUUUAAUACCGAUUGCUUUAGUUGUUAUUUUUUCACUUCUUGCUUUUCUUGGUUUUAAAUUGGUAAAAUUGCAUUUACAACGACGUCGUACGCGUCGUCAUCGUUUACCAACAUCAGCACUCAAGCAAUUAAAAAUAAAAAAAUUUGUUAAAGGCGAUCCAUGGGAAGUAUGUGCAAUUUGUUUAGAUGAUUAUGUAGAUGGAGCAAAACUACGUAUAUUACCUUGCGGUCAUGCAUAUCAUAUGAAAUGUAUCGAUCCGUGGUUAACAAAUAAUCGACGGCAGUGUCCGGUGUGCAAACGUUAUGUAUUUCCCAAUCAUGAUAAUUCUGGUGAAGAAAAUAUUGGCUCUCCACAAGUAAGAACGCCAACCGAACAAACACCUUUGGUACACACUGCUGAUAAUGAUUCAAUAACAGAAAUAUCGAGUAGUCGACCGUUACUAUCUGAACGUCGAUUACUCAAUCCAUCAAGUAGAGGUGUCCGUAAUGUUUCUUUUGCAUCCGAUGAAUCAUCAGACAAUGUUGAAAAUUUAUCUUCAUCACAACGCCCAACAUCAGCCAAUCAAACAACAACGAUUGGACUUGCUUUCGAUAGACCGUCAUCAAAUUCUCGACGAUACGGUAGUAUAACUGACGAUUCUACAGCAUCACGUGUUGCUAAUUUUUUCGUUGGAUCAAUCAGUGGUGCAACAGAUGCUACAAAUAUGUCUUCACGUUCAAUAGUUGAAGAUGUAAGUGAUAUUGAAGCCACUAAUGAUGAUGGUGAAGCAGAGAUACAUCCGGCUAGAACUUAUUCAGAAGAAAAUCCGGCAUAUGUGAAUGAUGACGGAUCAUCAGUGAAUUCAAAUCAUGUCUAG